CGUUUUCCUCCCUCUCUCUCUCUCUCUCUCUCUCGUUGAAUAUAUAUAUAUAUAUAUACAUAUAGGCUGCUAUUUCAGCUUUUGCUCUCUCUCUCUCUCUCUCUCUCACACACACACACACACACACAUUUGCGUUAUUGAAACAAUUCAUUUUGGUGGAUUACUCUUGCGUUAGAUUGGGGCUUUGAUGCGCGGACUAAUCGGUCAAGUGGUCUGAGGUUUUCGCAAUGGAAGGGACUGUAGCAGGACGACUCGCAGGGUGGGAUAUUCAUGGUUUCCGGACCAUGGAAGAUUUGGAUGUUGGCAAGAUCAUGGAGGAAGCCAAGGCAAGAUGGCUGAGACCAAAUGAGAUCCAUGCAAUACUAUGUAACUAUAAAUGUUUCAAUGUCAGCGUCAAGCCAGUAAACCUGCCAAAAAGUGGUACUAUUGUGUUGUUUGACCGUAAAAUGCUCAGGAACUUUAGGAAAGAUGGUCAUAGCUGGAAGAAGAAAAAGGAUGGGAAGACCGUCAAAGAAGCUCAUGAACACUUAAAAGUUGGCAAUGAGGAAAAGAUCCAUGUAUACUAUGCUCAUGGAGAAGAUAACUCAACCUUUGUUCGCAGAUGUUACUGGCUACUUGAUAAGAUGCUGGAACAUAUAGUCCUUGUUCAUUAUCGUGAAACCCAAGAGUUGCAGGGUUCUCCCAACACUCCUGCGAGUUCAAACUCUAGUUUGGCCCCCUCUGGGCUAUCUGCUUCUUGGCUUUGGUCAGAAGAAACUGAUUCUGGGGCUGAUCCUGUGUGUUAUACAGCUGAGAAAUCACAAUCAAUUGAUGAUCUUGGAGACAGUAUGACCCUAAAAGAUCAUGAAAGGAGACUUCAUGAGAUCAAUACAUUGGACUGGGAUGAGCUUUUGGAGCCAAAUGAUCUCAACAAGUUGAGUACACCUGAUGGAGGAAAAACUUCAGAUUUCGGACAGCAGAACCAAUAUCAAGCAAAUGGUCUCACAAGUAAUGGUAACAUCCCAUCAGCAAACAAAUUAUCCAUAGAAUAUACGUUGGUCAAUCAUUGCUUUCAGAGGAUAGAAGGUCAAACAAAUUCAGAUUUGCAGAGAAAGGAUCCUAAGGUGGUCAUGGUAGGCACUGAUGAGUUUGACAAUGAGUUUGACAUUUCAGGCAAGGAUGGUUUUCAUACUCAAGACAGCUUUGGAAGGUGGAUGAACUACAUCAUCAGUGAUUCUCCAGGAUCAGUUGAUGAUCCAAUUAUGGGAUCUUCAAUUCCAAGUGGUCACGAAUUGUCUACUUCACCUGGAACGGAUCAACUCCCAUCAUUUCCUGGACAAAUAUUCUAUAUAACAGAUGUGUCUCCUGCUUGGGGUUUUUCAAAUGAAGAGACAAAGAUCCUCAUCGCUGGAUUUUUUUCCGAAAGCCAUCAACAUUUUGCAAAGUCAAAUUUAUAUUGUGUUUGUGGAGAUGCCUGCAGUCCAGUAGAGAUCGUCCAAUCUGUUGUAUUCCGUUGUUUGAUUUCACCACAUGCUCCUGGAUUAACAAAUCUGUAUUUAAGUUUUGAUGGCCAGAAUCCCAUCAGCCAAGUUUUGACCUUUGAGUAUCGCUCUCCUUUGACUCACAACUGGAUGAUUUCUGCCGAAGACAAGUCAACUUGGGAAGAGUUUAGAGUUCAGAUGAGGCUUUUUCACCUGAUUUUUUCUACUUCCAAGACCAUUGACAUUUUAUCAGACAAAGUAUCACUGAAUACCCUCAAAGAAGCCAAAAACUUCACUCGUAAAACCUCCCACAUUGUAAAUGGUUGGGCAUAUAUGACUAAAUCAAUUGAGAAUAGCAAAAUCUCUGUUCAGCAAGCCAAGGACAACAUGUUUGAGCUUGCUUUGAAGAUCAGACUAUAUGAAUGGCUGUUGGAAAGAGCAAUUGAAGGUUCUAAAACUUCAGAGCAUGAUGAUCAGGGUCAAGGAGUAAUUCAUUUGUGUGCUAUGCUAGAUUAUACGUGGGCUGUUUGCCCAUUUGCAUGGUCUGGCUUUUCAUUGGAUUAUCGGGACAAAUUUGGAUGGACGGCUCUUCAUUGGGCUGCAUACUGUGGAAGGGAGAAAAUGGUUGCUGCUCUUCUAUCUGCAGGGGCAAAGCCAAACUUGGUCACAGACCCAAAUUUCCAGAACCCUGGUGGAUGCACUGCUGCUGACCUUGCAUUUCAGAAAGGCUAUGAUGGUUUAGCAGCUUAUCUUGCAGAAAAGGCUUUGGUGGAUCACUUCAAGGAUAUGAAAAUAGCUGGAAAUGCCAGUGGCUCAUUGCAAACUAGUGCACCUAACACAGUAAACCUCGAGUACAUCGAUGAGGAGGAGAUAUAUCUGAAGGAUACGCUGACUGCAUAUCGGACGGCUGCCGAUGCAGCAGCGCGUAUACAGGCUGCAUUCAGGGAACACUCGUUCAAAAUGCGGGCAAAAGAAGUACAGUCCUCCAAUCCGGAGAAUGAAGCACGCAACAUAAUUGCAGCCAUGAAGAUUCAGCAUGCCUUUCGCAACUACGGUGCACGAAAAAAGAUGACAGCUGCUGCUCAAAUUCAACAUAGGUUCCGCACUUGGAAGACUCGCCGACAAUUUCUCAACAUGCGACGUCAAGCCGUCAAAAUUCAGGCUGUUUUCCGAGGAUUCCAAGUCCGGAGGCAGUAUCGCAAGGUUUGUUGGUCAGUUGGAGUGGUUGAAAAAGCAAUUCUACGCUGGCGUCUGAAGAGGAGAGGUUUCCGUGGGCUCAAGAUUCCCAAUGUUGAAGCUGUGAAAGAACAAGACCACGGAAGUGUUGUUGACGAGGAUUUCUUCCGGGCCAGCAGGAAACAGGCUGAAGAACGUGUCGAGAGGUCUAUUGUUCGAGUCCAAGCCAUGUUUCGCUCAAAGAGAGCACAACAUGAAUAUCGGAGGAUGAAGUUGGCCUGUGAUCAAGCUAGGCUGGAAUAUGAAACACUCGUCUCUUCUGAUACUGAUAUCAAAUAGGAGAUUGCCGGAGUUAAAUGGGUCUCGGCGAUGUAGACUGCUGAGCAGAGAGCAGUUUCGGUAAGACCUGUGGAAUGGAGAGCUUCCGAUUGCAACUUUGCUUUGUUGGGUUCAACAUGUAAAUUCGUAGAAGUCUUAUAUAUGUAGCCUUAUAUGGAGCUUGGGCCUUCUGUGUGUUUUAUGUCGAUGAGAGGCCCCUACAGGGGCGGAGCCACAUGAGGCCACUGGGUCAGAAUAUUUUUUUUAGUUUUUAAGUAUUUAAAAAAAUAUUUUAUAUUAAUAAACCAUGCGCUCAAAUAA